AUGAGGUCUUUAAUGGCAGCGUUCCUUUGCUUCAUGACAGCGGCAGAAGCGUUUGUACAUUGUAAGCAGAAUAGCCGAACUCUUGGUCUACGCAGUGUUGCAUUCUUUCGAUCGGAGGGGGUACUGUGGAUGGGAGAAGGGACCGAAGAAAAAGCCGCACCGCUGGUAACGGGGGAGCAGCUGGAAAUAAUGCUGCAGGAGUGGGAUACGCCGUUAGUUGUGGACGCGUAUGCGACUUGGUGCGGACCCUGUCUACUGAUGGCCCCGGAAUUUGAAGCGGCGGCUUCCGAAUUGAAGGGAAAAGUGCGAUUUGUUAAGCUAGAUACGGACAAGGAGGAGGCCAUGGCCGCCAGGUUGAACAUUAUGGGUUUGCCGACUCUAUUGUUCCUCGACAAGUACGCUCCAAAAGAGGGCGAAGAAAAUGUAGGAGCACGGGCUGUGCUCAAAGGACGCAUUGAAGGAGCGCUACGAAAGCAAAACAUUCUAGAUUUGGUUGAACAUCACUUUUUUGAAGGACCGGCACCCAAAAUGAUGUAG